AUGGCGAACAACACAACGCAGCCGGCCUCAUUCGACAUCGGCGGCCUGCCCACCGAGCUGCAACUCGAAAUCUUGGGCUAUUCCGUCCCGCACGAAUACUGCGUCGUUGCGACCCGAGCAUGCCUCACCGAGGAGUUCAAGGGGAAGCACAAUUUCUCCUUCUGCAGCUCCCAGUUCGCUGCCUUUGCUCUCUGCAAAGCCACCCGACCAGCGUACCUCGAGGACUUCAAGUUCACCAACUUCCGAGCCUUCAUCACAGCGGUCGAUCGUGCGGACAAGCUGCAGGAAUUCCGAAUCCACCUUGGCUGCAACAACCCUCAUCCUCACCGACAGCUCGAUGUCUCCCACAUUACCACCAACAAGCUGCCCGAUACCUUCGACAACGCACUCAAGUUCAUCAAAUUCCUCAUGAGUCUCAUGAAGAAGCUGCCGGGCCCGCCAGCUGACGACGUGCGCGUGGCGCAUCAGGUUCGCGAGUGUGGCAACGAGGCUAAGCUGUUGCAAUUGCUGUACACUCUGGGUGCUAGCGGAACUGUGGGGAGGCUGCCGGAGCGCCUCUUCGCAGCUUUUCGCCAACAUCACAUCAUCAGCAGCUGGGAGGCCACCAAUGCGGGUCACGCCGAAGAGAUGCGCUUGAAACAGGUGGACGAGGACGUGGCGAAAGGCCCCUUGAUAGAUGGUCAUGGAGAAGACGAAGACAAUGUGGCAAAUCGAGUUCCAGCCGCUGAGGGAUUGGAACAAGCGGUUGGAGGAGCUGAGAUCUCCGAAGAUUACGAAGACAUGGAGACCGACCAGGAGAGUGACGAGGUCAACAUCAAGGAAGAGGAGGAGGAUGAGCCGCCUGGAGUACUGUACGACCACGACCAGCAUCAAAUGUCGUACACCUACCCACCGCCUGCUGACUUCUCAGCAUUCCUGGGCCAGGCAUUCUUGGGAUAUGCCUAUGUGCCCGUCUUCCCACACUACACCGCAGAGUACUAG